ACUGCCCAGUUGCUCACGUGAAGGCUAAUCUCUCUGCCCCUCACUGAUAAAGAAUCCAGCAAAUAUGAAUGCCCCAUCUUAGAUUUUCUUUUCUUUAUUCAGUGAAAACUACUCCGUAUUUCUUUAUGAAAAAGAUUUGAUUUUUUCUCCCUAUCCCAUUCAGCCUUUUAUUCUGGGAUUUUGUCUUGCGGCGCGGGAUGAUGGGUUUCUUGAAAAAAAGCUGGAUCUCAUUGCCUCUUGGUAGGGUUUUGGCCAUAAAUGUAUGGGAUUUUUUUGGGAUUUCUUCUAAGGUUUUGGGCUGCUCAAAUGAUGCUCAUAAAAAUCUAUGGGUAUUUAUAAUUCUGUAAUUUGUAGUUGGAUUCUUGGAAAAAGAAGAAGAGAAAUAAAAGGAGAGGAUUUGUUAGCAUGGAUGAUGGCAGAUGUAGGACGAUUGUGUGGUUUAGGAGGGAUUUGAGGGUUGAGGACAACCCAGCUUUAGCUACUGCAGCUAGGGAGGGGAGGAUUUUCCCAGUCUUCAUAUGGUGCCCUAAAGAAGAAGGGCAGUUCUACCCUGGAAGAGUCUCAAGGUGGUGGCUGAAACAGUCACUCAUUCAUUUGGACCAGUCUUUGAGAUCCCUUGGAGCUGAACUGACUCUCAUAAGGACUGACAGUACCCUUAAUGCCCUCUUGCAAAUCAUCUCUGCUGUUCAUGCAACAAAACUUGUCUUUAAUCAUCUCUAUGAUCCUAUUUCCGUCGUGCGUGAUCACGAGAUCAAACAAAAACUGAGGGAGUGUGAGCAUUGUGUGCAAAGCUACAAUGCUGAGUUGUUGAAUGAACCAUGGGAAGUUUAUAACGACGAUGGAAAAGCUUAUACGAAAUUCGAUGCAUAUUGGCACAAGUGUUUGCACCAGACCAAAGAACCCGUGGCACAUCAUCUUCCUCCAUGGAAAUUAGAGCAAGCUCAAGGCUCAAUCAAGAAGUUCUCUAUUGAAGACUUGGGUCUUGAGAAUGAAACCGAAAAGGCUAGCAAUGCCUUACUUGGAAGAGGAUGGUCACCAGGAUGGAGCAAUGCCGAUAGAGCACUAGCCGAUUUCGUAGAGCAUCACUUGCUCAAUUACUCAGAAAAACGCCAUAGAGUUGGAGCCAAUUCCACUUCACUCUUAUCUCCCCAUCUCCAUUACGGAGAAUUGAGCACAAGAAUGGUUUUCCAUCGCGUGCACAUGAAACGUCUUGUCUGGGCAAAAGAAGGGAACUCAAAAGGAGAAGAAAGCGCAGGCCUGUUCCUAAGAGCCAUUGGGCUGCGAGAGUAUUCGCGCUACAUCUGUUUCAACUUUCCAUUCACUCAUGAAAGGUCAUUGCUGAGCAACUUGAAGUAUUUCCCUUGGAAGCCCGACCAGACCCGUUUCAAGGCUUGGAGGCAGGGUCAGACCGGGUACCCGUUAGUCGACGCAGGAAUGAGAGAGAUGUGGGCUACUGGAUGGGUUCAUAAUAAGAUAAGAGUCAUCGUUGCGAGUUUCUCCGUGAAGUUUCUUCUGCUUCCAUGGCAAUGGGGGAUGAAGUAUUUUUGGGACACUCUUCUUGAUGCAGACUUGGAAAGUGAUGUUCUUGGAUGGCAAUAUAUAUCUGGCAGCUUACCCGAUGGUCAUGAGCUUGAGCGCCUUGAUUGCCCCGAGGUUCAGGGUUUCAAAUUUGACCCAGAUGGUGAUUAUGUGAGGCAAUGGCUGCCUGAGCUAGCAAGAGUACCAACAGAGUGGAUCCAUCACCCUUGGGAUGCACCUCCUGCCGUGCUUAAAGCUGCUGGUCUGGAAAUAGGUUUGAACUAUCCAAAGCCGAUAAUCGACGUGGAAUUAGCAAGGGAACGGUUAUCCGAAGCCAUAUCCACAAUGCAAGCUGCUGCACCAGCAGAUAAUCCCAUUGCAGAUGAUGAGGUUGUGUUUGAGAACUCGGACUGCAACGGGCAUUUGGUCGCCCCAAACGCGACUUGCCCUAGCAAUUCGUCUCGUGACCAGAAGGUCCCGUCCAUCCGUAAUGGGAUUGGGAAUAAAAAGAGACCAAAGACUGAAGAAGAGGAAAGAGUGGAAAGGGACGAGUUCCAUCGCCAGAAGAAGAAUGAAAAGGGGGAGGUGUCGAAGAUGGACGAAGAGCUGUGCUCAACUGCAGAAUCUUCUUCAAUGAAGAAGCAGAACACGAGCAGUAGUAGCAGAAAUUCGUUCUCCGUUCCCGAAGGUACUUCGAGCGGGACAUCUGUCCAUGAUCAAGAAUCAUCAAUGUGAAUGUAGUAGGGAUGUAGGGUACAUGCCCUAACCCCCCCCCCCCCCGGGCAUGGUACAACAGGUGAUGCAUGAGGUACAUGCAAGCUAAGAAUUUAUACACUAGAGGGCAGAUGUCACAGGUUAUCAGUAUGUGUAUUGUGUAAGAAAGAAUAAAUGUAAAUCAAAGAGAGGAAGAAAGCAAAAUUGUGUUAGGUCUCCAUAUUGUAAAAUGAUCUUUCUGUUGUAACACAGAAUUUGGGGUAACAAUAUAGGGCGAUACUCUACAGGGAUUUGGACGGCAGAUUGAUUGAUCCGAAGAAAAUAAUUUUUUGUUU